AUGGUUGGAAAACUUGGUCGAGUGGAUGACAACUUUGAGGAUUGGAUGGAUCCAUGCAUGGAAGCCAGAACCAGGCGCUUGCUCCCGUCAAUCAAGGAGGUGUCUGCACACUGCAAGAUCUCCGCUACUGCUAUACGGAGUAAGGUCGGUAGGCUUGGGCCACUACUCACCUGGAGGUGA